GAGAGAUUGUACAAGUUUGUAUGUGGUUUGAUUGAAGUUUAUGAAGAGAUCGAUACGAGCUUCGGUACGGAGAAGACGAUCCAUGAUGAUGCUUCUUUCUAGCGUUGGAAACAUCGACAUGUCGACGGAUUCCAUAGUUGUCCGACGAGCUCUGACAUUGACGCUUUUCUUUGCCGCCAUUGCUUUCCCUUGUCUCGUAAUCUACAAUGCCGCUUAUAAUUCUUCCGUCUUAUACGAUCCCUCUUCCGCCCUGAAUCGCAUUUUUUCCUUCGAUUCCAACGAUUCUCCUACGGUGGAUAGUGAGGAAUUGAGGCUGGAAAGAAUUUUGAAGGAUGCGGCGAUGGAUAGGACAGUUAUCCUCACUACUCUAAAUGAGGCAUGGGCAACUCCUGGUUCGAUUGUUGAUCUUUUCCUUGAGAGCUUUCGAAUUGGGGAUCACACCAGUGGCCUUUUGAAACAUUUGUUAAUUAUUGCUUUGGAUGAAAAAGCAUAUACUCGUUGUUUGGCUGUACACACCCAUUGCUUUGCUCUUAAAACUGAAGGGGUAAAUUUCUCUGGUGAGGCAUAUUUCAUGACCCCUGACUACUUGAAGAUGAUGUGGCGAAGGAUUGAUUUCUUACGAUCUGUUCUUGAGAUGGGUUAUAACUUUGUUUUCACGGAUGCUGAUAUCAUGUGGUUCCGGAACCCAUUUCCACGCUUUUAUCUGGAUGCAGAUUUCCAGAUUGCAUGUGAUCACUUCAUUGGGAACUCCUAUGAUGUACAAAAUAGACCCAAUGGAGGAUUUAAUUAUGUGAAGUCCAAUAACCGGACAAUAGAGUUCUACAAGUUUUGGUAUUCUGCAAGAGAGACCCAUCCAGGAUUUCAUGAUCAGGAUGUGCUUAACAUUAUCAAAUAUGAUCCUUUUAUUUUUGAGAUAGGACUGACAAUGAGAUUCUUGGACACUGCUUACUUUGGUGGUCUAUGUGAGCACGGCAGAGAUUUUAAUAAUAUUUGUACGAUGCAUGCAAAUUGUUGUUAUGGUUUGGAUAGCAAGCUCCAUGAUCUUAGGAUCAUGCUUGAGGAUUGGAAAAUUUUCUUAUCUCUGCCAGGAAGUCUGAAGAGAUCACUGCUAUUAUCUUGGAGAGUUCCAAGUAAUUGCAGUCUUACGCUUCGCUCUCCCUCAAGUAGUUUGCCGCCGGAACAAAGCGAUUGGCAAUAAUGAAGUGAAUCUUCAUAUGUUUCAGGAUGUCUUGGGGAUCCAUUUUGUAAAGGUUCACAAAUUCGCAAUUGUCUUGGAGGCAGAAUUGUUACUCUUCCUUGAAUUCCAAUUGCACCACUAUGAGCAUUAGUGUUGUGGUCAUCCUCAGAAAUAUGCUUGCGGAGGUUGUUUGGAAUCAGAAGCAUCUCAAGGAGGCUCAUGUGGCAUCUCUCGUGGCGUCCAUUUUUUGGACACCUCUUGUUCAGCAUCUUGAUGUAUAUUUUAUUCUUUUUGUACAUGA